AAGACCCGAUCAUCCCGGGCUGGAUUACAGUUCCCUGUCGGUCGUAUCCACCGUCUGUUGAGAAAGGGAAACUAUGCCGAGCGAGUCGGAGCUGGUGCCCCAGUCUACUUAGCCGCUGUUUUGGAAUAUUUGGCUGCUGAAGUUCUCGAGUUGGCUGGUAACGCUGCCCGUGACAACAAGAAAUCCCAG